AUGGUAGAAUCUUCAGUAUAAUUUGAGCAAAAUCCUGACCAAAUCAAUCUUAUAAUUUCAAAAUCUGAAGCUGAUCAAUAAAGUAUCAAAGCCCUAAUUGGAACAUCUAAAGUCGACUAAGAAGAUAAGAGAGCAUCUGAUGAACUAGACUGCUCGAUUUGUUUGCAAAUUAUCUAUAAUCCUGUUGAGUGCUCUAAUUGUCAGAAAUGCUUCUGCGAAGAUUGUGUUAACUCUUGGCUAUAAGCAGGUAAAAAUGAUAGUUGUCCGCUUUGCAAAUAAAAGUUAUCCGCUAAGUAACCUCACCGAUUUGUAAAGUAGUUCAUUGAAGAUUCUUUGUUUGAUGGGUGUAAGUUUGAGCUCUGUAAUCAAUUUGGCAAAUCGAUUAAGUAUAUUGAUCUCAUAAAACAUUACCAAUAUGAAUGCGAAGAAGUAAAAGUAUCUUGUCCUCUUAAAUGUGGAGGAUUAUAUCAAAGAAAGUUCAGAUAAUAGCAUCGAGAUUAAUGCAACUAAAUUUAAUGGUAAUGCACAUAAUGUGAUUGUAAUAAGCUAGACAUUGAUGAGACACAACCUCCUCAUAAUUGCAUUGAAUAUCUUAAGCAAUAGGUGAAACUUUACAAGCUGAAAUAUGAAAUCUCAGAAUAGUAAUUUGAGGAAUAUAAAACUUAAAUCAAAGGUUUAAAGGAUAAUUAUAGCUUGGGAUACUACUAGAAAGAGCAUUAUUAAACGAUUGUUCAUAAAUGUCCUUUGAAAAUGAUUGUAUUCGAACAAAUGCGAUCUCUUCCUGGUCAUGAAGGCUAUAACUUAGGCUGGUGUUGCGAUGGUAGGAAAUUUAUUGGCUGCAAGAGUGGAUAAGCACUUAGAGGUGAUUUUUGCAGAGAUCCAGAAUCUAGCAUCUUCCAUUGUAACAUUUGCAAUUUUGAUUUCUGUGAAGCUUGCUAUGAUACCUAUGGCAACGUCCACAAACAUGAUCUAGUCAAGUUGGCUUUUUAAUAACUUAAAGAACUUAAUUCUAAUUAUGCUGAUGGUUGGAAAUGUGAUGGUACUCAGUAUUUUGGAUGUCCUUUAGGUUAAAAUAUUCAAACAGAUCUAGACGAAUUGCUAUAUCAUGAUGCAUAAAACGGUUUUGAUUUAUGUGAUGUUUGUUUUUAAAACUAUGUGAUUGAUGAGGAUCAAUGA